CCAGCGUUCCCUGCGGCCAAGCCACUCCCAGUUAGGCAGGUCGAACGGCAGCGGUGAACUUUACCCAGAGUGUGUAUAUGUUCGUGUGUGUGUGUGAGGAGUGGUCCUAUGAUAAAGGAUCACAUCGCUGCGCUGCUCGCCGACCUGCAGGACGUGAUCAUGGGCAGCACCCUGGUCAAGUGCGCCGCCACCGACCUGGGCAUCCAGUGGGCCGGCUGGGCUCUGGCUGCAGCCUUCAGAACCGAGAAGUUUUACGAUUUGGCAGGAUCUGGCACAUUUAUACUACUUGCCCACCUGAGCCGUUUCUGGGGAGGAGCCAGACAUGUCCGGCAGAAUGUGCAGACUGGGUUGGUGACGGCAUGGGGACUCAGGCUGGGGACAUUCCUCUUCAUGCGGAUCUUGAAGGACGGUCACGAUCGCAGGUUCAACAAUGUCAGAGACAGCCCGGGGACUUUCUUUGUGUAUUGGACUAUUCAAGCACUUUGGGUAUUUAUGACCCUCCUGCCCACCCUCAUGUUGAAUACCGAGAAGCGGGAUGUGCCUCUGGGAACGAGGGACUACAUCGGCUGGACUAUAUGGGGCCUGGGCUUCGCUACUGAAGCUAUUGCUGACCAGCAGAAAUUGCUUUUCAAGCGUAACCCAGAUAACGCUGGGAAAUUCAUCCAGAGUGGACUUUGGGCUUACAGCAGACACCCAAACUAUUUUGGAGAGAUCCUGCAGUGGUCGGGUCUCUGGCUCUCAGCCUCAUCAGUGAUGCAGGGUCCCCAGUACCUGAGCGGGGCGUCGCCUCUCUUCGUCUGGUUCCUGCUGCGUUACGUCAGCGGCAUCCCCAUCCUGGAGAAGCAGGCCUUGAAGAAGUGGGGAUCAGUUCCAGGCUUCCAGGACUACAUCAAGAACACUCCUCUGCUCUGGCCGUGGCCUAAAUUUUGAUGUUACAUUGAUGUCAACAUCAACUGCUUUACCAACAUUUGUCUCACGCAAAGAAGAUGCAGAUUUGUCGGUGUCCGGGGCAACUCUGAAUUUCUGACAUUUGUUAUUCUGUCAAAUAAAUUCCAGUUUAUCACACAAUCUUUAAAU